AUGUCUCUGUGGCCAUCUUUCCGAGGCAGAUGGAAGCUGGGGCGGAAGGACUCAACGGGGGGCUCCUCGCAGCUCCCCAAACAGGACUACGAGGCCCUCCAGGAAAGGUGCCUGAGGGACAGCUGUCUCUUUGAAGACGACAGCUUCCCGGCCACCCUGAGCUCCAUCGGCAGCGGACCCCUGCUGCGGAAGCUGCCGCGCCGCCUGCAGUGGAGGAGGCCGCCGGAGCUGCACAGCAAUCCCCAGUUCUAUUCUGCCAAGGGCAAAAGGUUGGAUCUGUGCCAAGGAGUGGUAGGCGACUGCUGGUUCUUGGCUGCUUUGCAAGCUCUGACUCUGCACCGGGACAUCCUGAGUCGGGUAGUUCCACUAAAUCAGAGUUUCACUGAGAAGUAUGCUGGUAUCUUCCAGUUCUGGUUCUGGCACUUUGGGAAGUGGGUUCCUGUGGUGAUAGAUGACCGACUGCCUGUGAAUGAGGCUGGCCAACUGGUCUUUGUCUCUUCUACCUACAAGAACUUGUUCUGGGGAGCUCUUCUGGAAAAGGCCUAUGCUAAGCUCUCUGGCUCCUAUGAAGACUUGCAGCUUGGACAGGUAUCUGAGGCCCUUGUGGACUUCACCGGAGGGGUGACAGUGACCAUCAACCUGGCAGAAGUCCCUGGCAACCUCUGGGACAUCCUAACCCGAGCCACCUACAGCAGGACACUCAUUGGCUGCCAGACUCACUCAGGGGAGAGGGUGCUGGAGAACGGGCUGGUGGGUGGCCAUGCCUAUACUCUCACAGGAAUCAGGAAGGUGACCUGGAAACAUGGACCUGAAUAUCUAGUCAAGCUGCGGAACCCCUGGGGGAAGGUGGAAUGGAAAGGAGACUGGAGUGACAGCUCAAGUACAUGGGAGCUACUGAGCCCCAAGGAGAAGAUUCUGCUGCUGAGAAAAGAUGAUGGAGAAUUCUGGAUGACACUGCAGGACUUUAAAGCACAUUUCAUGCUUCUGGUCAUCUGUAAACUGACCCCAGGCCUGCUGAGUCAGGAGGUGGGCCAGAAGUGGGCGUACACCAUGAGGGAGGGGAGAUGGGAGAAGGGGACUACGGCAGGUGGCCGGAUGAAGUCGUCCCGAGACACAUUUUGGAAGAACCCACAGUUCCUGCUAUCCGUCUGGAGGCCCCAGGAGGGCAAGAAGCUCCAGAUGCCCUGCAGAGUGCUGGUGUCCCUGCUCCAGAAGCCCAGGCAUAGGCACCGCAACCAGAAGCUUCACUUCGCCAUCGGCUUCUAUGUUUUUAGGGUGAGCAAGGACUAUGAAGACCAGAGGAGACUGCCUCGUGGGUUCUUCUGGAAAAAUGCUCCUGUGAGUUGGCCUAAGGAGUUUCUCACAGAGAAAGAAGUGAGCCAGGAGCUGUGGCUGGAGCCAGGGACAUACCUCAUCGUGCCCUGCACAUCUGAGGCCCGCCAGGAGUCCGAGUUCGUCCUCAGAGUCCUCUCCAGGAAGCACGUCUUUUAUGAAAUUGGAAGCAAUUCCAGUGCUGUGUUCUCUAAGGAAACAGGAGACCAAAACAGAGGGCAGGAUGAACUCUUCACCAAACUCUUUGAGAAGCAUCCAGAAACAAAUGCAGCUCAACGGCAGAAGAUCCCAAACCACUUGACCUCGUCAAGGCUGGGGAGCACCCAGCUCCUCUUCAGUCUCAACACCUGCCAGGGGAUCCUGGCCCUACUGGACAUAUCUUUUCAGCUUAAAGCGUCAGGUACCAUGUGUAUCCAGGAAUUCAGCGACCUGUGGAAGCAGCUGAUGCUCUCCUUUGGUGUGGGUUCUUUACAGGAGGUUUUCCACAAGCAAGACAGUAGCCGGUCAGGAUACCUGAAGUGGGCCCAGCUGCAGGCUGCCAUGAGGGAGGCAGGAAUCGUGCCCAGCGAUGAUGUCUGCCAGCUGAUGCUUAUCCGCUACAGCGACCCCAGCCUCCAAAUGGACUUUGUCAGCUUUGUCCACUUGAUGCUGUGUGCCGAGAACAUGGAGGAUGUCUUUCAAAAUUUAACCCAAGAUGGCAAAGGGAUAUACCUCCAGAAGCCAGAGGGAGGACUUUCUCCAUGGGGUUGA